UCCCGUGGCUAUAUAAUCAGCAUCUAAUUAAUUUUCUUCUUCGUCUUGCUCAUAGACAUUUCUUUGAAUGGAGAACUUUGCAAUGUUCUUCCCUAUGCCACCACGACCACCACCACCAUCAUCAUCUUCUUUCUCAUCACCAACAGUGAAAAGUUCUAAUUGUGUUCGUCGUAGUACUAAUGAUCUUAUAAAUCACAACACUGAGAAUCCCGACAUGCUCUUGGGGUUGAGUAGUUCGGAUCAUCCGACAACAUCAUCAGCAGGGGUCAAAGGUAUUAAUAAUUCAAAGACGAGUACUACUGGAAGCAUUUGGGGGUCUGGAAUUGACGAUCAUGAUGAAUCAAAAUCGAGUAAAAAGAAAGGAGAGAAGAAGACAAGGAGGCCGAGGUUCGCUUUCCAAACGAGGACCCAGGUUGACAUACUCGACGAUGGCUAUCGCUGGAGGAAAUACGGCCAGAAGGCUGUGAAGAACAACAAAUUUCCAAGAAGCUACUACCGAUGCACACAUAAGGGGUGCAAUGUGAAAAAGCAGGUGCAACGGCAGUCCAAAGACGAAGGUAUUGUGGUAACCACUUACGAAGGGGUCCAUACACAUUUGGUAGAGAAGCCUACUGACAAUUUCGAACAAAUCUUGAGCCAGAUGCAUAUUUAUCCUCCCUUUUAAUCAUAUCAUCAUCCAUCAUGAUCAGUUAGUUGCAUGGCUGAUGCCUAUGCUAGCUCUUAUGUUGAGAUCUUCACACACUAAUUAAGAAAGCUAGCUUAAUUUAUGUGUGUGUGUGUGUGUGGCUCAUCAUCAUUUGUAUCUAUUAGUUGAAUAAUUCUCCAAACCCAACUAGUAUGAAGUACCUGCGCCUGCGCGCACCAGGCAAUUAACAUAAAUUUCAUGUUCUGAUUCUUA